AUGCUAUUUGAUGUUCGCCCAUUUGCUCAUUUCAGACAGGCCAAUAUCAAAGGAUCACUCAAUUUAUGCAUCCCCACCACCCUACUCAAGCGUCGAUCAUUUGAUACUCAGAAAUUAGAGGGUACUUUCACGGACGACGCCGACAAACAGAAUUUCGCUCGUUGGAGAAAGUGUGACGUGAUCAUUGUGUACGAUUCUGCCGCCGCAGAUUUGAAGGAUGCUGCACCCCUUCUGAACCUGCUCAAUAAAUUCCAAGCCGAAGACUGGAAGGGAGAUGGGUUGAUCUUACAAAACGGGUUUCGAGGGUUCUCGGGUCGGUUUCCACAUUUGGUUCAGCAGCCACAAACGCGAACGACUGGACCAUCCUCUAAACGUCCCUCUCCCAUGAGAAUCAAUCUGCAAUCUGUUGCUCCUGUCGUGGGUGGUUGCGCCCUACCAGAAUCAUCAUCUGCCGUCAAUCCGUUCUUUGGGAACAUUCGACAGAACAUGGAUCUCCUCGGAGGCGUGGGACAAAUUCCUCUGAAACAGCCCAAUCAAUUGACCGAAGCGAAGCGACAACAACUCCCUUCCUGGUUGCGGAGCGCUGCCGAUACCAAGGACCAAGGAAAGAUUGUCUCGAGCAAGUUCCUGGCUUUGGAGAAAACAGAACUGGAACGCAUGAAACAGGCUUUAACAUACGAGGGACCUUCAGCUGACACCAAUGGUUCUCCCAAGAAAUAUCGCGUUGCGGGGAUAGAAAAAGGCACGAAGAAUCGUUACAAUGAUAUUUACCCAUUCGAUCAUUCCCGUGUCCGACUUGAGGGAAUUCCAUCUGGGGCCUGUGAUUAUGUGAAUGCAAAUCAUAUUUCCGCUGAACUUACCAAUCGGAAAUACAUUGCCACUCAGGCUCCCGUUCCUGAUACCUUUAAUGACUUUUGGCGAGUGGUGUGGGAGCAAGACGUUCGACUUCUCGUUUCUCUCACUGCAGAGGUUGAACGAGGACAGGUGAAAUGCCACCGAUACUGGGAGUCUGGAAAAUAUGGACCAUUCGAGGUAAAGGCCUAUUCGGAAAAGCACAUCUAUAUCGAAUCCGAGGCCGGACCUACCGAUCCCACGGUUGGCAGUCCCAAGGCAUCGACCGAACGACCUGAUGGCACAAACGAAAACCCAGUCAUCACCGUGCGAAACUUCAGUAUCUGCCAUACGUCAUUCCCCUUCGAGCCGCUUCGGGAUAUCACCCAGCUCCAAUAUCCUUACUGGCCCGAUUUCGGGACAACCUCACAGCCUACUCAUCUUCUCCAUCUGAUUGAACAAUGUAACAAGGUCAUUCGUGCCACCAGCAACCCUAGCUUUAGUAGCCAGCAAGCAGAACCGAAGGGCCAGCGACCAGUACUAGUGCAUUGCAGUGCGGGCUGCGGGCGUACCGGGACCUUCUGCACUGUCGAUAGUGUCUUGGACAUGUUGAAACGGCAACGCGCGCAGGCUGCCAGUGGUGGAGGUCUGUAUCAAAACCCCAGCGGAUCUUCCGAGUGGAUGGGGGAUUUCAAUCUUGAUCUAAUUGCGAAGACGGUGGAGGAUUUCCGGAGACAAAGACCGAGCAUGGUACAGAACCUGAGUCAAUAUGCACUCUGCUAUGAAAGCGUGCUUGAAUGGCUCGCUUCUGAGAUGAGCUAG